CAGUUUACAGUGCCGGUUUUCAGUAACCAUUUACUUAGUAAGAUAAAGUCAUUAUGGCGACUGUAGUUGUGCAGCAGCCUCUCGGCAAGGCUGGGAUGGAAGCUUGGAAUUCAGGAAUAUGUGACUGUUGUGAGGACUUGAAUUCUUGCUGCUAUGCGUACUGGUGCUUUCCUUGCUUUACCUGCUCCACCACAGGAGAUUUUGGAGAGAGCACUUGUCUCCCUCUGUUGGACAUAUUCGGCCCAGCUCUCAUGGCCGCAUUUGGAAUUGGAGUAUGUGUUCCGCCUGUGGGUCUGGCAAUGAGGGUGGCAGUUCGCUACAAGUAUCAUAUUGGGGGCAGUCUUUGUGAGGACAUCAUGGUGACUUGCUGUUGUAUCUGGUGUUCUUGGUGUCAGAUGAGUAGAGAAAUCAAAGCACGCAAAAAAGUUGUCAGAAUAUUGCAAAGAAAUCCCAUGAUUCAACCAGUUCCAAUGGCAGUCAACCCACAAGUUGUCGCUAUGCAGCAGCCAAGAGUGAUCGGCGCCGCACCGUUAGGAGCUGGUCCUGCAGUCCAGAUGGGCCCAAUUAAGACUGGUGUCCCACCUUUUGCUAUGUAGAAGUCCACUGCAGG